UCAUCUGCUAUGAUCAAAAGUCUUAAUGAACUCCAAAAGUUGGUGAUAAGCAAUUGUAAGUCAAUGGAAGUAAUAGUCGACUCAAAAGGAGUACAAGGGGAAGAAGAAAUAAUUGAUAUGAGUUUUUCUAAACUGUUGUACAUGAAGCUUGAACUUCUACCAAAACUCACAAGUUUUGGCACCGGGAAUUUAAUUGAAUUCUCCUCCUUAAAAGAACUUCACAUUGAGAGAUGCUCAAAUUUGAAGACAUUCUUCGGCCAAUCUUCUUGUCCAAACACUGUGAGAGAAGAAGAAGGAGAAGUGAAUUUGGAAAACUACUUUAUGAAUAUAAACCCUCUCUUUGACGAAAAGGUUGCUUUUCCUAGCUUGGAGGAGAUGGUGCUUUCACACUUGGAUAACUUGCAGCUGAUAUGGCACAACCAAAAACUCCAUGGGGAAUCCUUUUGCAAACUAAAAGUAGUGAGAGUCGAAUUCUGUGAAAAGUUAUUGACUAUUGUUCCAUCUAAUACUCAAGGAAAUCUGAGCUUUCGCAAUCUAAAGAGAUUGACUGUUAUGAGUUGUUGGAGUAUGAAAAGUCUCUUUCCAGUUUCUAUCGCUACUGGUCUCAUGCAACUUGAACAUCUGCAAAUAAUCCUUUGUGGGUUGGAGAACAUUGUUUCUGAGGAGGAAGUUAUGGGAGCCCCAACAUUUUUGUUUCCAAAAUUAAAAUAUAUCUACCUUACCCAUUUAAAGGAGCUCAAAUAUUUCUACCCACGGUUGCAUACAAUAGAGUGGCCGAUGCUAAGCAUUUUGGAUGUGCGUGGUUGCAAAAAGAUAAAAGUUCGUGAUUUUGAAUUUUCUAGCUUCCAAGAAAGAGACGAGGAGAGGCAACCUCCUAUUUUUUAUUUGGAAAAGGUCAUACCAAAUUUGGAAUGGUUGGGUUUAGGCGCUGAUGACUUUGGAUUGGCAUUCCUUCACAGUAAUCUAGCUGAGAGGCUUGGCAAGCUUAAACGUCUCUCGUUGGGUACCUUUGAUGAUGAAACUGGUUCUUCUCUGGUCAAUUUCCUUCAAAAAUUAAAUUGUUUGGAAUCACUAUAUAUUCAUGGUAAUAGUUCAAAAGAGCUAUUCCCUUACAAGCAAGGACAUAUAUGGAAACAAGAUUUUCGAGGGGACUCAUUUCUUCAGAAUCUUCAAAAGUUAUUUGUACUUGGAUGUGAUUGUUUGACAAUUUUAAUGCCAUCUUCAACAUCUUUCAAAAAUCUUAAAAAUUUAUCCAUAUACUGGUGCAAUGGAUUAUACAAGGUACUGACAUGUGAAGCAGCCAAAACUCUUGUAAAUAUCACAACAUUGGUUAUACAAAAGUGUAAGUUACUGACAGGAGUAGUGGCAGGUGAGGGAGACCAAGAAGAAGAGAUUGUUUUUGGCCAAUUAAAAACUUUGGAGCUUUCCUGUUUGUCAAGCCUCACUUCAUUUUGUUCAGCCAAUUAUUCCUUCAAAUUCCCUUGUUUGGAGCAAGUUGUUGUAAGUCAAUGCCCAAAAUUGAAUAUCUUUUCUCAAGGAGCGUUAAGCACACCAUUGUUAAAGAAAAUAGAGUCGACAGAAGAAUAUAAUCAUCAAAAAUUUUUUUGGGAGGAUGAUCUCAAUUCUACCAUCCAGCAAAUAUUUACAAAGAUGGUACUUACUCUUUCACAAAAUUUUUGUUUUUUAUCCAUUUACAACAUUUUUGUUGAUAUAUAA